AUGGGAAGACAUGCUUUUCCGCUGAAGCAACCAUUCUUGGUCGACGAUAAAUAUCAAUUUAUACGUGAACUUGGUCAAGGUGCUUAUGGUUUUGUAUGUGCUGCGCGUAAUACACAAACGGGUGAAGGGGUCGCAAUUAAAAAAGUGACCAAUGUAUUCAAUAAGACUAUUCUCACGAAACGAGCAUUGAGGGAGGUUAAACUGUUGCAACAUUUUCGAGGUCACAAAAAUAUCACGUGUCUUUUCGACAUGGAUAUAAUCAAUCCUUUAGAUUAUAAUGAAAUUUACCUCUAUGAAGAAUUAAUGGAAGCAGAUCUUCAUGCAAUUAUUCGCUCAAAACAAUCUCUAACGGACGCGCAUUAUCAAAGUUUCACGUAUCAGAUUCUUUGCGGAUUGAAAUAUAUUCAUUCCGCGAAUGUUUUGCAUCGAGAUUUGAAGCCUGGUAAUUUACUUGUAAAUGCUGAUUGCGAACUUAAAAUCUGCGAUUUUGGACUUGCUCGUGGAUUUUCUGAAAACCCCGAAGCAGAUUCAGGAUUCAUGACGGAAUAUGUCGCCACUCGAUGGUAUCGUGCACCAGAGAUUAUGUUGAGUUUUCAGAGUUAUACUAAAGCUAUUGACUUGUGGUCAGUAGGUUGUAUUCUGGCUGAAUUGUUGGGUGGCGUGCCUUUGUUUAAGGGACGUGAUUAUGUCGACCAAUUAAACCAAAUUCUGCAAACAUUAGGCACUCCGAAUGAUGAAACAUUAACAAGGAUUGGGAGUCCAAGGGCUCAAGAAUACAUCCGCAAUCUUCCAUACAUGCGUAAAAAACCGUUUCAGGAGUUGUUUCCUAAUGCCAAUCCGCUUGCAAUCGAUCUGAUGGAACGUUUGCUUGCGUUCGAUCCAUCCCAACGCAUUACAGUCGAACAAGCAUUAGAACAUCCGUAUCUUAGUGUAUGGCAUGAUCCAAAUGAUGAGGCAAUAUGCAUCUCAACUUUCGACUUUUCAUCAUUCGAAUCAGUCAAUGACCCGCAACUAAUGCGCCAAAUGAUUGCCGAUGAAGUUGCAAAAUUCCGAGCACUUGUACGCCGUCAACAACUGCCACAACUUAAUUUAAGCACAACUACAGCGAACGCUGGAUUAUCGAAAAUUCCGGAUCGUGACACGAUUUUGAAUUCGCCAACUGCGAUUCGUGAUCCGGAGGCAUUGGUAGUUGGUACUGGUCAUUAUCAACCACCGCCACCUGGUUUGGCAAGCGCUGCUAUGAGCGAGGAUUUGGAGAGGGAGUUGAGCGGUGGUGUUGGUGUAUAG